GUGACAUUUCCCGCGCUUUUCUCAUUCAGUCAGCCAUCAAGGAACCAAAAAUUCCAUAACUAAGUGCUGUGAAGGGUGUCAGUUCACGGAUAAAUAUUGGAAAUGUCAGCUCCGAGCACUCCUACUGGUGGACGUAAAAGAUCCAGGACUGAUUCUCCAUUAUCUUCUGAAAGGCAAGGUGCUGAAGAUGACAAAGGUUUAGGGUCAAACGAUGUCAUAUCACCACCAUCCCAGAGAAGAAAAGUAAAUGACAGCUCAUCUCCUUUGCCUUUUGCACCAUCAUCACCACUGAACACAUCACAGCAAGAAGCUGAUCGUACCUCGGUGCGUGGAUUCAACACAAGUGACAUUGAUUUGAGCUCGCCAUUGAAUUAUGGUACACCAUCUUCCAGAGUUACUGGAACACCUCGAGAGGGAGCCCAUGCCACACCAAUAAGAGCAAGAAUUGAUGUCAGAAGUGAUAGAAGAAUAAGGCAAGUCAAUGUUGGAGGGGACAUACCUCCUUCAGAUGCAACAGAAGGAGCCCCCACAAGUGAAGCCACAGAGCCUAAGCUGGUUAUUUGGGGCACAGAUGUUGUUGUCAGCGAUACAAAAGAAAAAUUUAAGAAGUUUAUGCAAGAAUUCUUGGUUGAUGAAUUAGAUGAUGCAAAUGAUGACUUUGAUCUGACCCAACCACUCUACAUGCAAAAGCUUGAAGAAAUCUCAAUCACAGAGCAACCAUUUCUCAAUAUUGACUGUUUGCAUCUCAAGGCAUAUGGAAGAGAUCUAUAUAGGCAGCUUGUUUCAUAUCCUCAAGAAGUUAUUCCAACCUUUGAUAUGGCUGUGAAUGAGUUGUUCUUUAAGGAAUAUCCUGAAGUGACUCUGGAACAUCAAAUACAGAUAAGAACAUUCAACACAGAUAAAACAAUGAACAUGCGGUCUCUGAACCCUGAAGACAUUGAUCAACUGAUAACAAUAAGUGGAAUGGUGAUAAGAACAUCCAAUCUGAUCCCUGAAAUGAGAGCUGCUUUCUUCAGAUGUUAUGUCUGCCAUGCCACUGCAACUGUAGAAAUUGAUAGGGGUAGAAUUUCAGAACCCUCUGUUUGCCGCAACUGUAACACAAACCACAGUAUGGAUCUUAUACAUAACAGGUGCCAAUUUUCGGACAAGCAGAUGGUCAAAUUGCAAGAGUCACCAGAUGACAUGCCAGCUGGCCAGACCCCACACACCGUGAUACUCUUUGCUCAUAAUGACCUUGUCGAUACUGUUCAGCCUGGCGACAGGGUUACCGUCACUGGAAUUUAUAGAGCUAUACCAAUGCGAGUGAACCCCCGGCAAAAUAAUGUCAAUUCGGUUUACAAGACCCACAUUGAUGUGAUUCAUUUUCGAAAAACAGACAAAAGGAGACUCCACGAACGGAGUUCUGAAAGCCAAGCUGCUUUUAGCAAAGAGCGAAUUGAUGAGCUCAAAGCCUUGUCUCAGCUGCCUGAUAUCUACAGAAGACUCGCCAAGGCAUUAGCCCCAAGUAUUUACGAAAAUGACGACAUUAAAAAAGGAAUUUUAUUGCAAUUGUUUGGAGGCACUCAAAAAGAUUUUACAGCAGCGGGUCGAGGAAGAUUCAGGUCAGAUAUCAAUAUUUUACUUUGUGGAGACCCAGGAACAAGCAAAUCACAGUUACUUCAGUAUGUGUACAAUUUGAUUCCUCGCGGACAAUAUACAUCUGGAAAAGGCUCAUCUGCUGUUGGUCUCACUGCUUACGUCACAAAGGACCCUGAAACGCGACAGCUUGUGCUUCAAACCGGAGCCUUGGUCCUCAGUGACAAUGGGAUUUGCUGCAUUGACGAGUUUGACAAAAUGAACGACAGCACCAGGGCUAUUCUCCAUGAAGUUAUGGAGCAGCAAACUUUGUCGAUAGCAAAAGCUGGUAUUAUCUGCCAGUUGAAUGCACGGACUUCGAUUUUGGCUGCAGCAAAUCCUCAGAGGUCUCAAUGGGAUGCAAAUCUGACCAUUGUCGAAAACAUACAGUUGCCUCAUACGCUGAUGUCAAGGUUCGAUUUAAUUUUCUUGAUGCUUGAUCCUCAAGACGAGGUUUUUGACAGAAGGCUGGCCUCGCACUUGGUAUCACUCUAUCAUUUGACUGAGAAGCAAGCUGAAGAAGAACUUUUGGAUAUGAGUGUUCUGCGAGAUUAUCUUGCAUAUGCCAAGAACCACAUCAACCCGCGUUUGAACGAGGAGGCUGCGCAGUCGCUGAUUCAUGCGUAUGUUGACAUGCGAAAGGCUGGUAGCAGCAGAGGCGCAGUCACCGCCUAUCCAAGACAACUGGAAUCGCUGCUGCGGCUCGCAGAAGCCCAUGCCAAAGUGAGGUUUUCAAAUGUGGUUGAGAAUGUUGACGUCGAAGAAGCCAAAAGACUUCACAGAGAAGCUCUUAAGCAGUCUGCCAUGGACCCCAAAACAGGAAUGAUUGACAUCAACAUUCUGACCACUGGUCUUAGUUUGAGCGACCGCAAGCGCCAGCAAGAAGUCUCCAGGGCCUUGUCUGACUUUAUCAAAAAGAAGGGAAAGGUACCCAGCCUUCCUUUACAAAAAACGUUCGAAGAUUUCAGAGAUCAAUCGGAUGAGCACAUCAACAGGGAUCUCUUUAUGGCUGCAUUGAAAAUCCUCAGAGAUAAAGAUGACCUGACUUUCAACGAAAAGAAUAUCCGACCCUUGUAAAUUAACAAACUGUGCUGUAACUCUUUUAAAAAGGUGAAGAAGCUAAUUAAAGCCUGCGAAACUUAUAAAUGUUAAUUCUUUCUUUAGUGGAUCGACAUGAAGAGUUGUGUAGUUUUGUAAAUUCCAUUGAAUCAUGUUCUAUCAACAGUA